AGACAUCUGGCUCCUGUCCUCUCAUUUAGUUCAGCGGUGAGAUAGAGGCAGGAGAGUUGUGACACGCCAGUCCUCGGUAGGUUCUCUAACCGACAGCCAGCCAACAUGGACCGGUCCUACAUGGGCAGUGCCACCGCUUACAGUGUCUACGGGAAGCCGCCUCAGUCCUACUUUGACCCGGCCUACGAUGAGAAAGCAGCCAAGUCAUACAUGGACUCAGUGUACGAGGAGAAGAAGAGAGUAGAGAAGAAGGCCCGCUCCGAGGCCGUCUGCUGCGAGGUCGUGGCGCUGGUCUUCGGAUUCGUCGGCCUGAUCGGUGUCUCCGCGGUGACCGGCUUGCCCAUGUGGAAGGUGACAGCAUUUAUCCAGGAGAACAUCAUCGUCAUGGAGACGCGCUGGGAGGGCCUGUGGAUGAACUGCUAUAGACAAGCCAACAUCAGGAUGCAGUGCAAGGUGUACGACUCUCUGCUGUUCCUCCCUGCGGACCUGCAGGCGGCCAGAGGCCUCAUGUGCUCCUCCGUAGCUGUGUCCGCCAUCGCUCUGAUCCUCUCUGCCGUGGGGAUGAAGUGUACCAAGGUGGUGGACCACCGGCCUCGUACCAAACACAUCGUCCUGGUGACCGGGGGAUGCCUGUUCCUCGUGGGUUGUGUCACCACCAUCAUCCCAGUCUCUUGGACGGCCAACGUGAUCAUCCGUGACUUCUACAACCCCCUGCUGAUCGACGCCCAGCGCAGGGAGCUGGGAGAGGCGCUCUACAUUGGAUGGGUAACUUCGGCUCUGCUGUUUGUGGCUGGGGUCAUACUGCUGUGUCGCCACGCACCCCGGGUAGGAGACGAUGAGAUGGAGAGGAUGGUCAACGGGCCUGGGUACAUCUACCAGCCUGGAGUGAACUACCAGCCUGGAGUAAACUACCAGCAGGGUUCAGCAUACGCAUACCAGCCAUAUUCCUACCAACCCAACUACUCAGCUCCACCUGGAUCUGUGGUCUACGCUCCUAACCAGUACAUGUGAGAGAAACCCAUCCCAGAACAACAUGGACUUGAGACUUACCUUGCCUGCUUGGAACCAAGCAUUAAAAGUACAAAUAAAUAUAACUGAACUCAUAUUGUUUAAAUAUAAUAUAAUUCAUUUUAGUAGAAUUUAUAAAACAGAACUCAUAUUGUUAAAUAGAAUAUAAUUAAUUUUAGUAGAAUUUCUAACACAGAACUCAUAUUGUUAAAUAGAAUAUAAUUAAUUUUAGUAGAAUUUCUAACACAGAACUCAUAUUGUUAAAUAGAAUAUAAUUAAUUUUAGUAGAAUUUCUGACACAGAACUCAUAUUGUUAAAUAGAAUAUAAUUAAUUUGAGUAGAAUUUCUAACACAGAACUCAUAUUGUUAAAUAGAAUAUAAUUCAUUUUAGUAGAAUUUCUGACACAGAACUCAUAUUGUUACAUAGAAUAUAAUUAAUUUGAGUAGAAUUUCUAAAACAGAACUCACAUUGUUACAUAGAAUAUAAUUAAUUUGAGUAGAAUUUCUAAAACAGAACUCACAUUGUUACAUAGAAUAUAAUUAAUUUGAGUUCUUUGGAUCCAAGUGUUGUUGAAAUGUCAGAGUGGGGAGGAAGAGACAUAGACACUGAUCUGGCUAGAAGUGUCUUGCUGGAAAUGGCCCAAGCGUUGAUUAUUUAGUUCAGAGAGAGAGAGAGAGAGAGAGAACAUCAUUAAGCAGACCUAUAUUCCCUGUAUGUGUUGUGUGUCUAUGUGUUCAACUGUAGGUGGGAGUUAUGUGUUUAAUUGUGUAAAUAUACUUGUCAGUUAUGUGUAUUGUGCAAAUAUUGAGCAAAUAUUGUCCGACCAAUGGCUGUGGAAUAAUGUGGUUAAGCAAGAAGGACUUCACAAGUUUCCACUAAUAUUGACCAAACAACUUACAAAACACCUGUUUUUGUUUACCUGCUAUUUUCAUAUUAAAAGGUUUGUUGUUUAAA